CCCACAUCUGAUAUCGUACCCAAUGGCCGACGACGUCCUCAAGCGCGUCUGCGCCGUCGUGACCAUCCCCGCGGCCUACUACGCGAGCAAGGACCCGGCCCUCGCGCCCUAUGCAGCGCUGCCACGGUACAGUGCGGCGCUCUACAUCGGCGUUCUCAGCGCUGUCGCAUCGCACGCGUGCCUUGCCACGUGCUACAAGCGCCUGUACGCUGGCGCCGUCAAGCCAUGGAAGGCCGAUGCGCACAGCAUCCACUAUGAGCGCGGCCUCGAGCGCUUCCUCGAGCGCAACUACGCCAAGGCCAUCAAGCACUUUACACGUGCGAUCGAGAGCCGACCCAGCGAGGGGCUCUACUACGCCCGCCGCGCCGACAGCUACCUCAUGAUGGCGGCGCUUCAACUGGCCUACAACGACUAUAUGAGCGCUUCGCUGUUAUCGCCCGACGACGACGACGCCAAGGCGCGCGUGGCGACGUGUGCUGCCAAGUUCCCAUCGCCGCCCGCGUACACGCCCGAGACGCCGCCGCCCUCUCGGUCCUUCUUUCGCCGGCUCCUCCAACGUCACGGGCCUGACACGUCGUCGACCAAGCCAUGGACGGCCACGGCGCGCGACCUUGUGCUCAUGUUUGUGCUGACGGUUCCAGUCUUUCUCGUUGUGUACACAUUUGUCUCGAUCGCUGUCGACGUCUCGCUAACGCUAGCGUCGUUUGUUGGCUACUGCUGUCGCGGCGUCGGUCGCCGAGCGUGGCGCCACGCGCUGCGCCCGGCCGGCAUCGCACUCGCCCCACUCGCAACGACGAUACUCACAGCCAUCGGCCAAAUCUUUGACUGCGUGGCUCGACAGAUCGUCACGAUUCUCCGACUCUUGCAUGGGCCGUGUGAGCGCAUGCUGGCAGCCAUCUUCCGAGGCGUCGGGAGGCUCUUUGAGUUGCUGACACACCCGCUUGGGCUUCUGCGCUGGCUUGUCACGACGCCGAUCUCGAUGGCGUGGGAGCUUCUCCGUGGCAUUUUUCAUGCACUCAACGCCGCCAUCAGCCCCGAGACCAAACGCCGCGUCAUGCGCUUGGCCUCGGACCUCGUCGAAAGCUCAACCAAGGUCGCGCUGCACUGCCUCAGUGGACUCUGGAACGUCCUCGUUGUCGUUGCUCGCAUUGCGCGGCAACUCGUUACGCUAACGUACGAUGUUGCUAUCGCACUUGGCCUCCCGACCUUGGUGACUUGCAUCAACCAGCUCGUCGCCUCGCUCCUUGGGAGCAUCUAUCAUGUCGUUCAGAGCGUCUGUGGCCUUGUGGCCGAGCUGCUCCAGGGGAUCCUCGGCAUCUUUGGUAGCGCUUUGUUUAAUUUCAAGUAGUACAUGUAUCCUGGUUGAACACCG